AGUUUGCGCCAAGCCGCCAUCAGGAUAACAACUGGUCCUUUCGUGUAUUUAUAAAUAUCAUUCGUAAAUUUCAUUCAUAAAAUAUUACAUUGAUAUAAUUUCAAAAUUUUUUCGCGCCGUAUUUAGUAUUAUAAAAAAAAGCUUGUAUUAAAUUUUGAAAAUUAAAAAUAAUUUUUUUCAUUUUAUUUAUUUAAAACAGUAUUAUAAUUUUUUUUUUUUUUCAUAAAAAAUAAGUGUUAUUGUCUAAGUAAUAAUAAAUGAGUGAAUUUAAAAUUAUUAUUUUUUUUUGUUUCAUAAACUAUGUGAAUUUUUUAAAAUAAAAAUAAAAAUGCAACAAUAAAAAAAUUAUCGUAAAAUAUAAAUAGUGUGAAAUUAAAAUUUGAAAAUAAAAAAAAAUAAUAAAAACAAUGCUAUUAAAAAUGAAAAAAUAUUAUUUUUUAUUUUUAUUAUUUAUAAUAAUAAAAUUAGCAGCUGGUGGUAGUGAAAUAUAUGCAAAAAUGUUUUCAAAUCAACAAAUACAACAAGAUCCAUGUUAUGAAGAAGAAGAUCGUCCACGUCGUUGUAUACCUGAUUUUGUAAAUGCAGCAUUUGGUACAUCAGUUGAAGCAUCAUCAACAUGUGGAUCUGGUGGUCCAACACGUUAUUGUGAUAUAAAUGAACAAUUAAGUGGUACAACAAAUAAUGGUAUUGGACAAUGUCAUGUUUGUGAUGAUAGUACACCACGUCGUCGUUUUCCAUCAAGUUAUUUAACUGAUUUAAAUAAUCCAAAUAAUGUAACAUGUUGGCGUAGUGAACCACUUGUUACAUCACAAAAUUUUAAUUCACCACCCGAUAAUAUAACAUUAACAUUAUCAUUAGGUAAAAAAUAUGAGCUAACAUAUGUUAGUUUACAAUUUUGUCCAAAAGCAGCAAAACCAGAUUCAAUUGCAAUAUAUAAAUCAAUGGAUUAUGGUAAAACAUGGCAACCAUUUCAAUUUUAUUCAUCACAAUGUAGACGUUUUUAUGGACGUCCAAAUCGUGCAACAAUAACAAAAGCAAAUGAACAAGAAGCACGUUGUACUGAUAGUCAUAGAUUUACUGGUGGUGAUGGUAUUGGUCCAAUUGGUAGAAUUGCAUUUAGUACAUUAGAAGGUAGACCAUCUGCUGCUGAUUUUGAUAAUUCAGCAGUAUUACAAGAUUGGGUUACAGCAACUGAUAUUAAAGUUGUAUUUAAUCGUUUACAUAUGCAACAAAAUAGUGAUAUUGAUGAUAUCAUUAGUAUUGAUGAUAUUAAUAAACAAAAUGAUAAUAAUAAAUUAAUUAAUAAAAAUCAUAAAAAUCAAAUUAUUAUUGAUAAUAAUAAUGAUAAAUUAUCAACUGAUUCACCAAUUGUUAAUCAAGUAUUAGAAACACAAGAUAUUAAUACAAAUGAUGAUGAUAUUGAUAUACAAGAAAUGAAUUAUCAACCAGAAAUACAAUCAACAACAACAAUUAUAACUGCAACUAGUGGUACAACAAUUGCUCAUCAUUAUGCUGUAUCUGAUUUUGCUGUUGGUGGUAGAUGUAAAUGUAAUGGACAUGCAUCAAGAUGUUUAACUGGUAAAGAUCGUGAAAUAAGUUGUGAUUGUAAACAUAAUACUGCUGGACGUGAUUGUGAAAGAUGUAAACCAUUUCAUUUUGAUAGACCAUGGGCCAGGGCAACUGCUGCUGAUGCUAAUGAAUGCAAAGCUUGCAAUUGCAAUUCUCACGCCCGAAAAUGUCGUUUUAAUGUUGAACUAUACAAAUUGUCUGGACGUGUAAGUGGAGGUGUAUGCCUUCAAUGUCGUCAUUUUACAGCUGGAAGACAUUGUCAUUAUUGCCGUGAAGGCUACUACAGAGAUCCAACAAAACCGAUCAGCCACCGCAAGGCUUGUAAACCUUGUGAUUGUCAUUUGAUUGGUGCAUCUGGUAAAACAUGUAAUCAGAGUACAGGUCAGUGUCCAUGUAAAGACGGUGUAACUGGUACAACUUGUAAUAGAUGUGCUCGUGGUUAUCAACAAAGUAGGUCCCACAUUGCUCCAUGUGUCAAAAUACCACAGGUUAUUCAGACACAAGGCAUGGCGAGUGAAAAUAAUGGUGAACAUGAUGAUGUUGAAAAUGGAUACGACGGGCGACCUGAACAAUGUGGCAAAUGUCGAGCAAGCACAAAACGAUUAAAUCUCAACAAAUAUUGUAAACGCGAUUAUGCAAUACUUGGAAGAGUCACAGGUAGACAAAAAAUAAAUGAUGUUGGAAAUACAGCUGGUAAUACAUUUGCUAAAUUUACUCUAAAUGUUGAUUUAAUAUACAAACGAGGUGAUGAAUCACAAAUAAAACGUGGACCAAUGGCACUUUAUGUUCAUACUGCUGAUCUUGCAUGCAGAUGUCCAAAGAUCAAACCAAACAAAUCAUAUCUGUUUUUGGGUCAAGAAAAUGAUGGAACCGGUAUGAAUGGUCUUGCUGUGACACAAAAAUCAAUUGUUAUUGAGUGGCGAGACGAGUGGCAUAAUAGAAUGCGUCGUUUUCAAAAACGUUCAUCACGACAAUGUCAUUGAAGAGAUACAUCAAAUAAUCGAUGGGGGUUAAUGUCAAAAACAACAAUAAACAAAUAAACAAACUUAAAUUAUAAUAAUAAUAAAUAAUAAUAAUAUUAAAUAAAGUUUCAUAUAGUAACAAUAAUAAUUUUUUUUUAGACUUAACUUUGAGACAUGAAAAUCAAUAAAAUAAGCAAACUCAAAGUACACUUGUCAAUCACUCGACAUACCCACUCAGUAAACCUACACACUAUCUUCCUUUAACCCUCCAACUUUUGCUUUUUUUAUAACAACCCUCUUUUAUAUCCUCUUUUAUUUUCAAUAUACAUCCGACAACUAUUAUCAAUAUGUAAUACCUGUGUGUGAUUUUUAUUUGUCACAAAAAAAAAAAAACUAUAUCUAUUAAAAAUACAAAUAAAUUAUUAUCCAGCUGAAAUAAUAUCUCUCUCUAAUACUCAUCGAGUCAAAAAACAAAUCUUCUAUUACGUACAUAUCUUAUCGAAAAAAAAAAAAAAAAAAUGUAGCUAAGUUUUUUCUCAUAAUUGUAGUUGUUCAUUUUAUAAAUAAUUAUAUAUAUAUAUAUUUCUCGGAUGUAUGUGUGUGUAUCGAUGGUAUCGAUAUAGUCUCUAGUCGAUAUUAAAAUAUAUAUGUAUACAAAAUUUCACAAUUCAAUUAAUGUAUGUUUUAGAUUUUUUUUAUAAUUUUUUUUUAUCGUAUAUUGAGAAAUAAUAAAGAAGAAAUAUAAAUGAAAGCAAAAUAAUCAAUGGGAAUAUAUAAAAUAAACAUGUAAAAUUUAUAAAAUUAUAAAUGGAUUAUAAUAUUUGACAGAGUGUAUUAAGAAAUAUUGCUUACGAUUGGCAAAAAUAAUAUAAAAAUUUCAUGCCAGGGUGAACAAGAUCAAGCGUGAUUUUUGGAACGGGGUUUACUGUGUUUUACAUUUCAAAAUUUGAUUUACUCAUUGGCAGCCCCCUCAGUGUAUUAUUUCUCGUAAUUCAUAACUCUCUUCUUCAUCGUUUUUGAUUAUUUUAUUUUUUUUAUUGGCAUUUUAAGAAGGCAAACGCCAAAGAAAAAACAGCAACGUAAAAUGGAGAAAUAAAAAAUAAAUAAAAUGAUGAAAAAAAAUAUAAAAAAAUUUAAAAAAUAACAUGAAGAAGAGAAGAAAGUAAAAGGGGGUUUAAAUAUAAUGAGGUUGAAAAAUUGUAUGAAAAAAAAAAAAAUAUAUAUACACAGAAGGG